UUGACAAGUCUUCUCAUGCUGCCUCUGUCACCUUCUUCGUCAGAAGAUACUACUUCAUCUUAAAGCCAGAAUGAUCGAAACGUACAGCCAACCUUCGCCUCGAGCUGUUGCCCCUGGACUGCCCACUAGCAUGAAAAUUUUUAUGUAUUUACUUAGUGUUUUUCUCAUCACCCAGAUGAUUGGCUCGGCACUUUAUGCUGUAUAUCUUCAUAGAAGAUUGGACAAGAUAGAAGAUGAAAGGAAUCUGCAUGAGGAUUUUGUAUUCAUGAAAACGCUACAGAGAUGCAGCAGAGGAGAAGGAUCAUUAUCCUUGCUGAACUGUGAGGAAAUUAGAAGCCAGUUUGAAGGCUUUGUCAAGGAUAUAAUGCUAAACAAAAAGGAGACAAGAAAAGAAAACAGCUUUGAAAUGCAAAAAGGUGAUCAGGAACCUCAAAUUGCAGCACAUGUCAUAAGUGAGGCCGGUGAUAAAACAGCAUCUGUUCUACAAUGGGCCAAGAAAGGAUAUUAUACCAUGAGCAACAAGUUCGUAACCCUUAAAAAUGGGAAACAGUUGACCAUCGAAAGACAAGGAAUUUAUUAUAUCUACACCCAAGUCACCUUCUGUUCCAAUAGAGACCCUUCUAGUCAAGCUGCAUUUAUAGUCAGCCUCUGCCUGAGGUCCUCCAUUGGAUCGGAGAGAAUCUUACUCAGAGGAGCAAACACCAACACUUCCUCCAAAUCUUGUGGGCAACAAUCCCUUCACCUGGGAGGAGUCUUUGAUUUGCAAGCAGGUGCUUCCCUGUUUGUCAACGUGACGGAUCCAAGCCAAGUGAACCACGGGACUGGCUUCACAUCUUUUGGCUUACUCAAGCUCUGAAGAGUGCAACCUGCAAGGCUGCAGCGGGGUGUAGCUGGCAGACUUCCUAAUAUAGCAAAGCAGUUAGGGCCACCUCCUGUUGAACUGCCUAUUUAUAACCCUAGGACCUUCCUCACGGAGAACUAUUUAUUAUGUACCCAAGGCACAUAGGGCUGGAAUAAGUGAAUUACAAGGUGGGUGUCACUCUAAGAGACUCUGCUCCAUAAAAGCCUAUUUUCUGAAACAGCAGCCCCCACUGACGCAGAUGUGCAGAGGACCCUAUGAAAAGACAAGGCCAUGACGCCCAGAUAAUUAGCCAACUUUAGUUUUAUUUCUUUACAGACAUUGUCUUUCAGUGGAGACGCAGAAGGGAAACUGGAAGCUUCUGCUUACUUUGCACUGUUUUUCACUCUGGGUCCUUGUAGAGGAAGCAAGGACAGGCUCUAGAUAGAUGAUGCACAAAUAACCAUCUUCACUCAUUCUCUCUCUUUCUCGCUCUCUCUGGGUCUCUG